GGAGCUCCGACUUUCCCUGCGCCUAUGAGUACCCGGGUGUACGGGAGCGGAGCUGGCGGGAGAGUCUGACGGCGUCGCCUGGCAGCGGCCACCGCCAUCCCCCGGGAGCGGAAAAAAAUCAUAAAUUCAGUAUGGCACCUAUUUUAGAUUGGAAGAAACUUAUGAAAGUUGAUCCAGAUAGUCUACCUCGUCAAGAGGAACUAGCAGACAGAUUGCUGGAGACCAUGUCCAAGGUUGAUGGGAAAGACUUAAAAACUGAAACUCCAGAAAAACUGAUACACCUUUUUAAAAUUACUCAGUCUCUAUUGAAGAUGAAAACUCAAGAGGUAGAGCUGGCACUAGAAGAAGUUGAAAAAGCUGGGGAAGAGCAAGCCAAAUGUGAAAAUAAUUUUAAAACAAAGAUGAUGAAACUUCAAAAUGAAUUAGAGAAGGCACAAAGAUCUGCUGGUGGUCGUGAUACUCGUUUUUUGCGUGAUGAGAUACGCCAACUGGAAAAACAAUUAGAACAAAAAGAGAGACAAUUAGCAGAUGUAGAAGAAGAACUCGAAAAAGAGAAGAAAGUGAAUGAACAGCUUGCUCUUCGAAUUGAAGAUGCCGAAAAUGAAAACAUCAGAUUCAGGAGAGAGAAUGAACAAUUACGUCAGGAUGUAGUUGACUAUCAGAGGCAAAUAGAUUCUCAAAAAGAAACAAUUCCAUUACGAAGAGGACAGGACUCUGAUUACAGAUCACAGUUGUCCAAAAGAAGCUCUGAGCUUGUCCAGUAUUUGGAUGAAAUUCAGAACUUGACUGAAGCUAACGAGAAGUUAGAUAUUCAAAACCAAGAAAUGAGGAAAAAUCUUGAGGAAUCAGUUCAAGAAAUGGAGAAGAUGACUGAUGAAUAUAACAAAAUGAAACUAAUUGUGCAACAAUCUGACAUUAUUAUGGAUCAGUUACGAAAAGAGAAAGAUCAGUACAAAUUUCAAGUUCAGGACCUUUCAGACCAGCUGAAAGCAAAGAAUGAGGAAGACGAUCCACUCAUGGCAGCAGUAAAUGCAAAAGUUGAAGAAUGGAAGAAAAUCUUAGCUUCAAAAGAUGAUGAAAUCCUAGAGUAUCAGCAAAUGUUGUUUAACUUAGAAGAGAAAAUGAAAAUGGUUCAACUUGAUGUUGACAGAAACAGCGUACUGGCCCUUCAACAGGGUGUGCAAGAGCGAGAUGCUCAGAUAAGAUUGCUUACUGAGCAAGUUGAACAGUACACCAAAGAAAUGGAAAAAAAUGCAUUCGUUAUUGAGAAAUUAAAAAAUGAUCUCCAAAAAGAUACAGGUCACUCAUCUCUUGCUCAGCAGAAUCACAGUGAGGAUAUACAAGAAAAGUUAAAAAGACUGGAACAGAGAACUAUGGAGGCUGAGAAAUCAGCAGAAUUAGCAGAAGCAGAUGCCAGAGAAAAGGACAAAGAGCUUGUUGAGACUUUGAAACGAAUGAGAGACUAUGAACUGGGAAUAUAUGGUUUGGAAGAAGCUGUUGCUGAAAUCAAAGAUUUAAAAAAGCAAGUCAAAAUACGAGAACAUGAGAUUGAACCAUUAAUUAAGGAAAUCAAUAAACUUGAACUUAAAAUAAAUGACUUACUUGAUGAAAAUGAAGAACUCAGAGAGCGCUUAGGUCUUGAGCCAAAGACAAUGAUUGAUUUAAGUGAGUUCAGAAACAGCAAAGCGCUGAAGCAGCAGCAAUAUAGAGCUGAAAACCAGAUUCUUUUGCAAGAGAUUGAAAGGCUGGAAGAGGAAAGAAUUGAACUGAAAAAACAAAUUCGUAAGUUGGCUCAGGAAAAAGGAAGAAGAGUUGCAACAAUAGAAUUGGAUGCUGACGAUAUGCAGAUGACUGAUAGCUUUACUGAAGAGAAGGUAAUGAGUAAGAGGAAGUUGGAUUUCUUGACCAGACAUGACAUUGCUGAAAUAAAAGCAAAGAAUGAAUAUCUUGCAACUGAAUUAAGUGAGAGAGAGAGAGAUUUGGAGAAGAACAGGACUGUAAUAGCCAGAUUUCAAUCUAAAUUAAAAGAGUUAUCAGAAGAGAAUAAGCAACUUGAACAAGGAAUGAAGGAAAUACUGCAGGCUGUCAAGGAAAUGCAGAAGGAUUCUAGUAUGAAGGGAGGAGAAACAGCCUUAGUAAUCCCUAGUCUGGAUCGUUUAGUUCAUGCAAUGGAGUCAAAGAAUUCAGAGGGAAUCUUUGAUGCUGGUGUGCACUUGAAAGCUCAGGUUGACCAACUUACAGGACGAAAUGAGGAAUUAAGGCAGGAGCUAAAAGAGACUCAGAAGGAGGCAACAAGUUUGUCUAAUCAGUUGGCAAAUGCAAAUGAAAAGUAAAUCUUCCAGAAGGAAUGAUUCCUUCAAGUGUUAAUACGAUUAAUUCUC